AUGGAGUUGGGAGCUGUGUCUAUAUUGAGUGACUACGUCAAGUCACUCAAGGUGGCAGAUCUCAAAGAGCAUAUCAAAGCCUUCAAUGAGCGCCUCCCAUUUUGUCCGCAUAUGCGGCUAUCUGGUAACAAAACGGAACUGGCUCAGCGUCUCACAGAAGCCGUCUUGGCUUCGUGUAUGAACCCGCAGUACUUCCAAGAAAUGCUCUGUGUGAUUGCGCCCCUUGGUUACACAUGUUGGAGCUCAGACCAAGAUCGUUUACGCCGCGCCGCGAAUCAGUACACCUCUUUCUAUGGCCGAUCACCUGCUAAUGGCGAGGCACCCCCCUCGCUCUCCAUCCUGGGUGUACCUGCAUCUGGUAGCUUCGAAUCAUUUACCGCGUCUAGCAAUGCUCGCGUCAAUGCAGGGAGUGCUAGCAGUACAAAUAGUGCUAGUACGUCUACGGCGCCCAAGUCUCUGACACCGAAUUCCCUCAAGCAACUGCGAUUCUGGCCAUCACCCUUCUAUGAAGUGCAAGAGUUUGUGUCAUCCAUUGUACAAGUACCAGAAGCGCCACCUGCCUCAGGACGCAGGCAAGUCGGCGUUUCAUUCACCCUUUCCGAAAAGCAAGUGGAUCGUCUCCUUGAUACCCAACAUCUUCAUCAGCUGCGUCUAUUUUGCACCACAUUCGAUCAGUUUAUGGCCUCCGUAUCUCCAAAGCGCGAAGCGGCUCCUGUCGAAUUCCCCUACACGUGUGAUGCGCGGAUCAAUGAGCACUCACUAAAUGUGAAUUUACGUGGCAACAAAAAACAUGCUGGGCGCGUUUCGCCUCCCAACCUAAAUCGUAAUGGACACCUUUCCCUGCAACCCGGAAAGCUCAAUCGUGUAGAGCUAUCUUACGCGAAUGCGCCAUCUCGAUAUACCAUGGUGAUUGCUCUGUGCAAAAUUACAACGGCCGAGCAACUCACCGAGCAGCUGAAACACCGGCGGUAUCGUUCAAAAGAAGCUGUCAUCGAUAUGAUGCACAAAAAGUCAAGGGAUGAAGAUAUCGAGACAGGUGCCUCGACACUCAAACUCACAUGCCCCCUUACGUAUGUGCGUAUGGCUGUGCCCUGCCGCUCGAAUACAUGUGAUCAUAUUCAGUGCUUCGACGCAUCGAGUUUCUUUUCGAUGAAUGAGCAGUCUCCGCAGUGGCAGUGUCCUGUGUGUAGUCAAGAUAUCAAGCCGGAAGAUCUGCGCAUGGAUGGAUACGUCGAAGAUAUUUUGCGCCGUGUUCCUCCCGAUUUGGACGCUGUGCUAGUUGAGUCGGAUGGAUCAUGGCAUUCACCAGAUGACCAGUACCAUUCUGGCUCUGCCUAUAUAACAUCGCUUCCCCCAUCCAUACCCAUGGAUCAAGAUACUUUGCUUGAUCACACGCCAUCUCCUGAACGCACGCCACAACGCUCGCUACCUUCUAAUCAGCUUGAGCCAACAAAGCAAGAAGUCGCAACGCCCCCAUGUAUAUCAUUUCCCGCUGACCUUAACACGUCUGGAACGUCUUUGGUGCAUCCCACCGAGCAUUCUGAGCCGUCGGCUGAUGUGAUUGAUUUGACAUUGAGUAGUGAUGAAGGAGAAUAG